AUGGACGACAUUGUGGUGGUGGCUCAGGGGACACAGUCAUUGCGCAACAUCCAAAACGACCCUGAUGUCAUCAAGCUUCAGGAAAUCCCCACUUUUCAGCCCUUGUUGAAAGGUAAGCUAAGGGCCUUUCACCGAGAUCUAGACCUAUCCUCUGUCUCUACAGUAUUGUAAUAAUGUUCCAUAUGAGAAUGUGUACAAUUAUGAGUAGGGCUAGACAUUCCUUUAUGACCUUGAAGUCCACAGAAAGAGUGAUCAUAGAUGAUGUUUUGAGGGCAGUCUGUCCAUGUCUCUAGGUGUGCUGAGCGGACAGAUGUCCCCCAGCAGUUUGUGUCUAGAGAGGCUGGACUCUGCCCAGGUGCUGCAGCUCUGCAUCCGCUACCAGGACCACCUGCACCAGUGUGCCGAGGCCGUGGCCUUCGACCAGAACGCCCUGGUCAAGAGGAUCAAAGAGGUAACAAAUGCCCUAAUCACCUCACCGGUCUGUGCAUGCAGGCACCUCUCCUUCGCUCCUUUCCUUCAUCUGCGCUAGUCUGACAGAACAGAGACCCGGUGAAAGUAGAUUCCCCAAUAGGCCUCCAUCUUCUUUCAUUUGUCUUUGGUUUUCAUAUGCGCAUAGAUAAGGGAGGGGAAGAAGCUACGCUAGUCUGUUGAAAUAUGGAUGAUGUGAAGUUGGUAGAAUGAUCUCACAUAUUUAUAUCUCAUCUUUCUCUCCCUCCCUCCCAGAUGGACCUGUCUGUGGAGACGUUGUUCAGCAUCAUGCAGCAGCGUCAGAAGCGCUAUGCUAAGUACGCUGAGCAGAUCCAGAAGGUGAACGAGAUGUCCAUGAUCCUGAGACGUAUCCAGAUGGGCAUCGACCAGACCGUCCCCCUGAUGGAGAGGCUCAACAACCUGCUGCCGGAGAGCGAAUGCCUGGAGCCCUUCAGCAUGAGGCCGGACGGGAACGCCGCAGCCAAGUAG